UACACGGGCGACAUCACGUACUACGGCACGGGGCUGGGGGCGUGCGGGAUCACGAGCAGCGACAGCGACAUGAUCACGGCGGUGGCGCACUCGGUGUUCGACGCGGCCAUGCCGGCGGGGGUGACGAACCCCAACGCCAACCCGCUGUGCGGCAAGCGCAUCCGCGUCACGCGCGACUACAGCGAGGCCGGCAAGGGCCUCUUGAGUGUUGAUGUUGUCGUCGUCGACCGCUGCGUCGGCUGCCAGCCCACCGACCUCGACCUGGCCCCCGCCGUGUUUCUGCGCCUCGCCCCCGAAAGCAAGGGCAGGGUCCUGGCCAGCUGGCAUUGGCUGGACUGA